AAAAAUGUAAAGGACUGUGCUUUACGUAGAUGGUGAUAAAAUUCCUCGCCGAAACGUUCAAUUCACCGUUCAGAGAUUAAAAAAAAAAAAGAAAAAGAAGGACAAAAAAAGGGAAACAUUCGAUUCAGAUAUCGGAGAUCUGGAAGCAUCUUUCCGAAGAAAUGAGCGCCGCCGCCUCGAACAACUCCAAGUCCGGCAGUAACCCUCCCAAGCCUGUCUUCUUAACCAAAGCUCAAAGGGAGCAGUUAGCCCUCCAACGCCUCCAGGAGCAGCGUACCCAAGAACAACGCCGCCUCGAACAGCUCCGUGCCAACUCCGACUCCUCCAAGCCCUCACCCGAUCCCGACCGCCGAGACCGUGACCGCGAUCGGGACCGGGACCGGGACCGGGACUGGGACAGGGAACGGGAAAGGCGAGAGAGGGAACGAGAUUCCGAGCGCCGCAACCGGGAGCGCGAGCGCGAGGAGGAAGCCAAGGCACGAGAGCGAGCACGCUUGGAGAAAUUGGCGGAGCGAGAACAUGAGAAGGAGUUGGAAUCGAUUAAAGAGCAGUAUCUUGGAUCUAAGAAGCCUAAGAAGAGGGUUAUUAAGCCUAGCGAGAAGUUUCGCUUCUCUUUUGAUUGGGAAAACACCGAGGAUACUUCCAGGGAUAUGAAUUCUUUAUACCAAAAUCCUCACGAGGCUCAGCUCUUGUUUGGGCGAGGGUUUCGUGCUGGAGUGGACCGAAGGGAGCAGAAAAAGCUCGCUGCCAAGAAUGAGAAGGAGAUGCGAGAAGAGAUUAGAAGAAAAGAGGGGGUUGACGAGAAACCGGAAGAGGCUGCUGCCCAGAGGCUCAGGGAGGAAGCUGCUGAUAUGUACGAUACAUUCGAUAUGAGAGUAGAUAGACAUUGGUCUGAGAAAAAGCUGGAGGAAAUGACUGAGAGAGAUUGGAGGAUUUUCAGGGAGGAUUUCAAUAUUUCCUAUAAGGGAUCCAAGAUUCCUCGGCCUAUGAGGAGUUGGGGUGAGAGUAAAUUGAGUCAGGAAUUGUUGAAAGCUAUAGAGAGAGUUGGGUACAAGAAGCCGUCUCCAAUUCAGAUGGCAGCGAUUCCAUUAGGGUUACAACAGAGGGAUGUGAUUGGAAUUGCUGAAACUGGUUCUGGGAAGACUGCUGCUUUUGUUUUGCCUAUGCUGGCUUACAUUUCUAGGCUUCCUCCAAUGAGCGAAGAGAAUGAGGCUGAGGGGCCUUAUGCUGUUGUCAUGGCACCUACUCGAGAACUUGCGCAGCAGAUUGAGGAUGAGACAAUGAAGUUUGCACAUUACUUGGGUAUCAAAGUGGUGUCCAUUGUUGGUGGACAGUCCAUAGAGGAACAAGGGUUUAAAGUUAGACAAGGAUGUGAGGUUGUAAUAGCAACACCAGGUCGUUUGCUUGAUUGCCUGGAAAGGAGGUAUGUUGUUUUGAACCAGUGUAAUUAUGUUGUUCUUGAUGAGGCUGAUCGCAUGAUAGAUAUGGGUUUUGAGCCCCAGGUGGUAGGUGUGUUGGAUGCAAUGCCUUCUAGCAACUUGAAACCAGAGAAUGAAGAUGAAGAGCUUGAUGAGAAAAAGAUUUACCGGACAACUUAUAUGUUCAGUGCUACGAUGCCACCUGCUGUAGAGAGGCUUGCUAGAAAGUACCUGAGAAAUCCUGUUGUUGUUACCAUUGGCACGGCUGGAAAGACCACCGACUUAAUUUCCCAACAUGUAAUGAUGAUGAAGGAAUCAGAGAAGUUUUGGAGAUUGCAGAAAUUACUUGAUGAUCUUGGGGAUAAGACUGCUAUUGUUUUUGUUAAUACUAAAAAGAAUGCGGAUACGAUAUCUAAGAAUCUAGAUAAAGCUGGAUAUCGUGUCACAACUUUACAUGGUGGGAGAUCACAGGAGCAGAGAGAAAUUAGCCUCGAGGGUUUUAGGACCAAGAGAUACAAUGUGCUUGUUGCCACUGAUGUUGCUGGGCGUGGUAUUGAUAUUCCUGAUGUGGCUCAUGUCAUUAACUAUGAUAUGCCUGGUAACAUUGAAAUGUACACACAUAGAAUUGGAAGAACAGGCCGUGCAGGGAAGACAGGUGUGGCCACAACAUUUUUGACUCUUCAGGACACUGAUGUUUUUUAUGAUCUCAAGCAGAUGCUUAUUCAGAGCAAUAGUCCUGUUCCUCCUGAACUCGCAAAGCAUGAGGCUUCAAAAUUCAAACCAGGAACAAUUCCUGAUCGUCCUCCUAGACGCAAUGACACUGUUUUUGCUCACUGAGAAAUUGAUGAUGGGGUUAUGUGUUAAUGAGGGCAUGAAAAGAUAAAGGUCAAGAACUGGGUUUAAUCUGCUUCAUUUAUUGGGUGGCUAAUUCAUACUGAUAUGACUGAAGGUUAAGGUGAGUACCAUAACAUGUUACCAUUGGCAGACAGAUUAAGAAAUUGAAUAUCAUGCUGACUGAUGGUAUGAUUCUAAUUCUGUUAGUUGUAUUGACAAGCUCUUGGAAGGCACAUAAGUCCCAUGAAUAUGCUGAUUGGUACUUUUACUGUUAGCAUUGUCUACUCCAUCAUCCUGAGGUUUUUACUCUUUAUUUUACAAUUUUCAUAUUUUGGAUCUUGUGGGAAAUUGCAUACUAGAUUGAAUUUGUUCCCUUUCCAGUUUUUGCGUGUGCAGAAAUAUUGUCCUGGUUUUAUCCUUCUAACCUUGGAAGAAUGCAUAUCUUCCCUCAUUUUCUUAUAUUCUUUGGUGUUUGGUCAUUAACAAAUGGGAAAACAAAUUGAUCAGAUUAUGUUUACAUAUGAUUUAGUCACUUAUUGAGGAUGUGCAACAACAAUAAGGAGAAUAUAUUGGGGAGAAGUUUAAAGGUUUCUGCUACUGCUUUGUUUGCUGCAAAGUUGAAAUUGACUUGUUUUAUGGCUAAUAGGUGGACUUGUUUUGUUUUAUGGACUUGGACUUCUUUAAUUGACAUGGCUCUGUUUUAUGGAUUUGUUUUAAGCUUUAAUUUAUGGACUUGGCUUUGCCUUUGUUUGCUGCAAUGUUGAUUAAUAUACUAAGGUGAUUCAA